GAAGGGGUGGAGGAGCAGGAGGGGGUUGACCGAGCGCCUGCUGCACACUCUCUCACACACAAACGCUGCUCAGGCUUCCCCACCCGCUGCUGCCGCGCUGCGCGCUUUUCCGCUCCUCGCGGCUCCCCCACAUUGUUCUCCCGGGACUCCUGGGUCCACAGGGGCUGACAUCGGGCCUGAGCGGAGGGUCCCGGAGGGGACUCGGCGGUGGCCGGAGAGUCGGAGGCUUCGGCCCCCACCCCAGCCCCUCGCCUCGGGCUCCCCUCCCCCACGCCACUUUUUUUGGGGGGGGGCGGGUAGGUGUGGAUUAGCUCAUCCUCGCAGGGAGGUGGGAGCGGGCGCCGGCUGCCCGCCUCCCCAGCCCGCCGCAGCCCCGCAGGAUGAGGUGGUGCCGUCGGCUCGGGGCCGUGGCGCGGCCGCUGCGGCGGCGGCUGCUCGGGGGGCGCUGAGGGAGCCCCCCGGGGCGGCGCGCGGACGCGUUUCUCUCCGGCGCGCACCCGGGCCUCGAGGCUUUUUUAUUUUUUUAUUAUUAUUUUUUUUAUUCUCCAGCCGAGAGGACGCGGCUGUGAUAACGAAGAUCUAGUGUGGACAGUAAUGACCUCACGUUUCCGGUUGCCUGCUGGCAGAACCUACAAUGUACGCGCAUCGGAGUUGGCCCGAGACAGACAGCACACGGAGGUGGUUUGCAACGUCCUUCUUCUGGAUAACACUGUACAAGCUUUCAAAGUUAAUAAACAUGAUCAGGGGCAAGUUCUGUUGGAUAUAGUCUUCAAGCAUCUUGAUUUGACUGAGCGAGACUAUUUUGGUUUACAGCUGGCUGAUGAUUCCACAGAUAACCCAAGGUGGCUGGAUCCAAACAAACCAAUAAGGAAGCAGCUAAAGAAACUACUUUUAUUAAUUCUAGGAGGAUCUCCUUACAGUUUGAACUUUAGAGUCAAAUUUUUUGUAAGUGACCCCAACAAGUUACAAGAAGAAUACACCAGGUACCAGUAUUUUUUGCAAAUUAAGCAAGACAUUCUCACUGGAAGAUUGUCCUGUCCUUGCAACACUGCUGCCCUUUUAGCUUCAUUUGCUGUUCAGUCUGAACUUGGAGACUACAAUCAGUCAGAGAACUUGCCAGGCUACCUCUCAGAUUAUUAUUUCAUUCCUAAUCAACCUCAAGAUUUUGAAAAGGAAAUUGCAAAAUUACAUCAACAGCAUAUAGGCUUAACUCCUGCAGAAGCAGAAUUUAAUUACCUAAAUACGGCACGUACCUUAGAACUCUAUGGAGUUGAAUUCCACUAUGCAAGGGAUCAAAGUAACAAUGAAAUUACAAUUGGAGUGAUGUCAGGAGGAAUUCUGAUUUAUAAGAACAGGGUACGAAUGAAUACCUUUCCAUGGUUGAAGAUUGUAAAAAUUUCAUUUAAGUGCAAACAGUUUUUUAUUCAACUUAGAAAAGAAUUGCAUGAAUCUAGAGAAACGUUAUUGGGAUUUAAUAUGGUGAAUUACCGAGCUUGUAAAAAUUUAUGGAAAGCAUGUGUAGAACAUCACACAUUCUUCCGUUUGGACAGACCGCUUCCACCUCAGAAGAACUUUUUUGCACAUUAUUUUACACUGGGUUCAAAAUUCCGGUACUGUGGGAGAACUGAAGUCCAGUCAGUUCAAUAUGGCAAAGAAAAGGCAAAUAAAGACAGGGUAUUUGCAAGAUCUCCAAGUAAGCCCUUAGCACGAAAAUUGAUGGAUUGGGAAGUGGUAAGCAGAAACUCAAUAUCUGAUGACAGAUUAGAAACACAGAGCCUUCCCUCACGAUCUCCACCUGGAACUCCUAAUCAUCGAAAUUCUGCAUUCACACAAGAGGGAACUCGAUUGCGACCAUCUUCCGUUGGUCAUUUAGUAGACCAUGUGGUUCAUACUUCCACCAGUGAAAUAUCUGUGAGUCAGAGAUCUCCAUCAUCAACUCAGGCUAAUAGCAUCGUUCUGGAAUCAUCACCAUCACAAGAGACCCCUGAAGAUGGACAGCCUCCAGCUUUACCACCUAAACAAUCUAAGAAAAAUAGUUGGAACCAAAUUUAUUAUUCACAUUCUCAACAAGAUCUGGAGAACCAUAUUAAUGAAACAUUUGAUGUUCCAUCUUCCCCUGAAAAGUCUACUCCUAAUGGUGGUAUUCCACAUGAUAAUCUUGUUCUCAUUAAAAUGAAGCCUGAUGAAAACGGGAGGUUUGGAUUCAAUGUAAAGGGAGGAUACGAUCAGAAGAUGCCUGUGAUUGUGUCCCGAGUAGCACCAGGAACACCUGCUGACCUCUGUGUCCCUCGAUUGAAUGAAGGGGACCAAGUUGUACUAAUCAAUGGUCGGGACAUUGCAGAACACACUCAUGAUCAGGUGGUGCUGUUCAUUAAAGCUAGCUGUGAGAGACAUUCUGGGGAACUCGUGCUUCUUGUGAGACCUAAUGCUGUAUAUGAUGUAGUGGAAGAAAAGCUGGAAAACGAGCCAGACUUCCAGUACAUUCCUGAGAAAGCCCCACUGGAUAGUGGCCAUCAGGAUGACCAUUCCCUCCGUGAGUCGAUGAUUCAGCUAGCUGAGGGGCUUCUCACUGGAACAGUCCUGACACAAUUUGAUCAACUAUAUCGGAAAAAACCUGGAAUGACAAUGACUUGUGCCAAAUUACCUCAGAACAUUUCCAAAAAUAGAUACAGAGAUAUUUCGCCUUAUGAUGCUACACGGGUUAUUUUAAAAGGUAGUGAAGACUACAUCAAUGCAAACUAUAUAAAUAUGGAAAUUCCUUCUUCGAGCAUUAUCAAUCAAUACAUUGCUUGCCAAGGGCCUCUACCACACACUUGUACAGAUUUUUGGCAGAUGACUUGGGAACAAGGCUCUUCCAUGGUUGUAAUGUUGACCACACAAGUGGAACGUGGCAGAGUUAAAUGUCACCAGUAUUGGCCAGAACCCACAGGAAGUUUAUCCUAUGGAUGCUACCAAGUCACCUGUCACUCAGAAGAAGGGAACACUGCCUACAUCUUCAGGAAGAUGACAUUAUUUAACCAAGAGAAAAAUGAAAGUCGUCAAGUCACUCAGAUCCAGUACAUAGCUUGGCCUGACCACGGAGUUCCCGAUGAUUCAAGUGACUUCUUGGAUUUUGUUUGUCAUGUCCGAAAUAAAAGGGCUGGCAAGGAAGAACCUAUUGUUGUUCAUUGCAGUGCUGGAAUUGGAAGAACGGGAGUUCUUAUCACUAUGGAAACAGCCAUGUGUCUCAUUGAAUGCAAUCAGCCAGUUUAUCCAUUAGACAUUGUGAGAACAAUGAGAGAUCAACGAGCCAUGAUGAUCCAAACACCUUUUCUACUCUAAAAUGUAGUGUUCCAGCAUUAGUUGCCUUUCUGGGCAAAAAUAUUUCAGCCUAGUUUAGGGAUUCUCUGAUGCACCCAUCUUUUCCCAUCCUUCAGUGAGUUGGCAAGAUGUUUUCAUUCUUGUAUUCUGUAGAGUGGGUCAAAUUUCAAUGGUAAAAUUAAUUUCUUGAAUUUCAAAUAGUAGCACUUUAUUUCAUGCUUACUACUGACCUAAUUUAUACAGUUAUAAAUAGAAUCUAUCUUAGGAGUUUUGUAAAUAUGGGGGUGGGGAGGGACGGAUUAGUACUAGAGAUCAUUAGGUUGGUCCUGGGUUUGAAUGCUUUACAAUGAUCUCUUGAUAGCUUAUUUGAUAUUUAAGAGAUGACUUCUAUGAUCUUAGCCUUGCCACUUUUAUGUAAUUUAUAUAGUACACAAAGGCUACCCAGUUGGCUGUGCACCUGGACCCGGAGUUGUCCCAGCUAGUUUUUAAACCGAGCUUGAUUUACACUCAUCAUUUCCACUUUGCAGCUUUUGUACAUCACAUGAAUACUCGGAAACCCAGUUUUCAGUGUCGUACCUGGGGGUGAGUACAUAUUGCACCACAAUAAAGUAAGGGGGCAGAAGUCUUGACAUUUUUUGUAUACAUGUCAAA